AUGGGGAAUGUCGCCAGCCGCCUCGACGAUGGGGGGAAUUUGUUUUUCAAGGAUCAGAAUCGCUUCUCGAUCGCAUCGGUCACGAUAAGCAACCCCAGACGUCGUCUUUUGACUCUAUCCCCCAACGCGUUCCCAGCCGCGAGGUUCUCAGCCAAGCGCGAUGUCGGCGAUGAUACUCCGAUUGAAUUCAUCCAGGACCCCGAUACACCCCCCGCUGCUCCGGUUCCGACUUUCAUGCUACGGCUAUCGAACGACGAGGAGUUGGUCUUCAAGUUCACUUUUAUUAUUCGGCAAACACAUACUGGCAAUGCUGCGAACUCCGUCAACGGCGUCUCCACCACUAUGCCCGAGGUGGCGGAUACCAGUCUCACGGGCCUCACGUUCGCCCACGCAUCAAACUCGAAGGAACUCGACAAUCUGAUCACACGAGAGUUCCAUGCAAACCCCAAUCUUCAAAACAACUCUAAUGUCCAGCUCAUCGGAGACUACUCCACCGGAGGUUCCCCGUCUGUCUCGUUCGACUGGUCGUGGACAUGGAAGCCCCCGAAGGCAAUAGAGGACAAAGGUGGUGGGUGGCGCAACAGCUGCAGUUUUUUGGAUUAUGACCAACGAACAAACCGCCUGAAUACCCUCGCCCAUUUCUCAUUCUGGGUGCACAACUCCAAUCGCCCGAUACCGAGCCCUCAGAGCUCAUCACCAAAGCUAGAAUUGCCUGUUCUUCCGCGCUCUCGCAUGCCAUCGACUCAAUCCGUCCUAUCUCACUAUAGCGAUGUGGAAUCGCCCAAUCUCAAUGUUCCCAUCACUCCGCCUGAGUCAAAAGAAAUUACUCUUCCACCCCCUCCUCCACCGACCGCGCCUCCUCCCCCACCUCCUACCAAAGUCGACCUUCCACAUUCCCGAGCAGGCGAUGAGAUGAGUGGAGUAGAAGACGGUCCGUUGUUCCGAGCGACUAUGAAAGCCUUGGAGUCAAAGACCGCAACCAUGCGAGCCAAAAUAAAGAAAGUACUCAAGAAAGCAGAAAAUGCACAGCAGGCGCAAGUAAGCUGCAAUGAGGCCAUGGAGGCGUUCUUGAGCUCAUUGAAUGAUGCAUCUACAUCGAAUGCAAAUGCCAUUCAGCCCGCAUUGGAUCAUUAUUUCGAGAAGAUCGCCCGGCAAAUUCUGAACUACGAGCAAUUGAACACGAUCCAACUUCAGAAACUUGUGAUUGAGCCUUUGAUCAAGCUAUACCAUAACGAUAUCAAACAAGCAGAAGCCAAGAGGAAAGAGUGGGACGAGGAGAGCCGCGACUAUUACGCCUAUGUCAGUCGGUACUUGGGCCAGCGGCAGGAUUCGCUGAAAGAGAAAAAGCGUGCCGAGAGCGAUUCAAAAUACCAAGCCAAGCGGCGGAACUUCGAGCUGAAGCGGUUCGAUUACUCCUCGUUCAUGCAGGAUCUUCACGGGGGUCGUAAAGAACAAGAGGUCCUCUCACAUUUGACCAAGUAUGCGAAUUUCCAAGCCAAGAAUUUCCUGGCAGCUGCCAAAAAUGUCGAAGGAAUGACCCCUCAGUUGGAUGCCCUCAUCCACGAGGUCGAUCAGGCCGACAAAGAGUUCCAAUUCCAGCGGACAGAGCGUGAGGAAAAGCGCCGCGCUCUAGAAAAUGGCAGCAACCCGUACCUUGAGCCCGACGUUGUGGCUGGUGUGGCCAGUUUACCUGCUAUAUCCCCCGGAACCCCCAACGGUGGUCCUUCUACCGAGGUUGAACUUGGCCGCGCUGAUAGCACCGGCUCCCAACUUCGUGGCGUCAUUAGCAACAGCUCAUCGGUUACGCCACAGGCAAAUUCAGGCUCGGUUGUAUCAGCCACCGGGGCCUCUGCGCCAGCAUCGAAUUGCGCGGCGACUGGUAAUCUGAAUCAAAACCGCUUCAAGGGUAUCCGAGACCUUGAAGAACAAAACACCCUGGGGCCAGAUCGAAGCGGUGCCCAACAGCGGAAAGAAGGCCUUCUAUGGGCACUGUCUCGUCCAGGGUCCCAUAUCGAUCCCAAGGGAAUAAACAAGCAGGCGUGGCACAAAUUCUGGAUUGUUUUGGACCAAGGGAAAUUGUCCGAAUACAGCAAUUGGAAACAGAAGCUGGAUUUACACAUGGAUCCCAUCGAUCUGCGCAUGGCGUCCGUCCGUGAAGCUCGAAACGCAGAAAGACGGUUCUGCUUCGAAGUGAUCACACCACAAUUCAAGCGCAUUUAUCAAGCCACUUCGGAAGAUGACAUGUCAAAUUGGAUCAGGUCUAUCAAUAACGCUCUCCAGAGUGCGGUUGAAGGCCAAGGAGCUCCCCCUCGCUCGUCGUCCAGGAAUGAUACAUCCACCAAUCGGGAUAUCGGCUCUGUCCUAACAGGAAAGAGCUCGUCUGUGUCUGGCCAUCACUCCUAUUCGGCCUCCAGCUCAAGCAAUACCACCGGUGUUAUCCGCCGAACAACGGUGGGCGCACGCCCGGGCUAUGUCCGCCAAGACAGCAACAGCUUCGAGGAAAACCCCGCAAGACUUCUGCAGGUUGUGCGGGACGCAGACCAGGGCAACAACUGGUGUGCUGACUGCGGGUCAUCGUCCAAGGUCGAAUGGGUGUCCAUCAACCUUGGAAUCAUCCUCUGCAUCGAGUGUAGCGGUAUCCAUCGCUCUCUGGGCACGCAUAUCUCUAAGAUCCGCUCCCUUACCUUGGACGUACAUUCCUUCUCGAACGAUAUAGUCGAAAUUCUUCUACAGAUUGGCAACCGCGUCAGCAACAUGAUUUGGGAGGCCACCCUAGAUCAAGCUCUCAAGCCGACCGCUAGCUCUACGCGAGAACAACGCCUGAAGUUCAUCACUGCCAAAUAUGUUGAUGGGCUGUACGUUGAGCCUCUGCCUUCACCACGUUCUCGCUUCGUGACCCCUGACGAAACCCUCCUUGCUUCGAUCAAAACGAACGAUAUCCAAGGCGUUCUCUACGGCCUCGCCCUGCGGGGAAACGUAAAUAUCACCGAUCGUUCUCGCAACACCCACGCAACCUUCCUGGCCCUGGCUGCAGCCGACCCUGCCACCCCGGGCUCCACACCGACCAGUCUCUCCGCCAGGUCUAGCGCCAAAGCUAUUCCGUUCCCCAUUGCUGAACUCCUAGUUCAGAAUGGCGCCGAGAUUCCCCCACAACCCCCCUCCAUCCCUCUUUCUCCUGCAGCGCAGCUCUAUCUCAGCCAACGGACCGCACGUACAUCUGCCUUUAGUGUGCCGCCGCCGCCGCUAGGUGGCAGAUCUUCUGCAAACGAUACCCUGGGAUCACUCCCCACCAUUCGCAGCAAGGAACCUUCCUCGUCGUCGAACAAUCCAACUUUCGCAGAGCCCAGAGACAAAGACAGAGAGAAGCUGUCUAAACGAGGAAGUGCUGGCGCUCGCUUCGCGGGAAAGGUCGCUUCGCUUGGAAUCGAUCGAUGA